CAGCUGACGUUUGAGUAAACGAGUUACAAAACAUUAUAAAUUAGCAUAUAGCAGUCUGAUGUGUUUUCAAAGCAUACACGGAUGAACGUGUGGUUCAUCGUACUUUAUUUGACUAUAGUAACCGGACUAUGCCAACCAAUGGAACCUGCUGCAACCACAGCUCCCAUGCAGACCGACGGUGAAACACAGUCAAAUUCAGUCUGCAACUGGCGGCCUUCCUGGCGUCCAACCUCAAUGUCUCUUUUGAAGACAGCAGAGUCCAGGAUUCUCGCCUGCAUUCAGAAUGACCUGUGGGCCAGGUUUGUGACCCUACAAAGCCAAGACCGAAUAUGGACCCUGACUGUCACCAACAAGACAAUUCACAAACCUGCAGAAGAAGCACCUAAGACUCCUCUUGUGAUGGUCCACGGCUUUGGAGGAGGGGUAGGACUGUGGAUCAGGAACCUGGACGCCCUGAGUCGGUCGCGGCCUGUCCAUGCCUUCGACCUGUUGGGCUUUGGCAGGAGCUCCAGGCCUGUUUUCUCCUCCGAUGCCGUCAAGGCAGAGGAGCAGUUCAUCGACUCCAUUGAGCAGUGGAGGCAGUCUGUCGGUCUGGAGAACAUGAUUCUGUUGGGACACAGUCUGGGGGGAUACCUGGCAACUUCCUAUGCUAUUCAGUACCCUUCUAGAGUGUCGCACCUCAUCCUGGUAGAUCCCUGGGGUUUCCCUGAGCGACCCAAGACACAUCCCCAGACUCAGGACCAGGAUGAUCAGGGUCAGGCGAAGAGGCCAGUUCCUCCCCGCUGGUUGAAACCUAUUAUAUCGGUAGUUUCGCUCUUCAACCCGCUGGCUGUGAUCAGAGCAGCAGGUCCAUGGGGUCCGGGGUUGGUGAACAGAUUCCGUCCUGAUUUCAAGAGGAAAUUUGAAGAUCUGUUUGAUGAUGACACCAUGACGGAGUACAUAUACCACUGUAAUGCACAAACCCCAAGUGGAGAGGUGGGCUUCCGGGCCAUGGCCGCCUCUCUGGGUUGGGCUAAGAAUCCGAUGCUGGAGCGUGUCGAUCAGCUGUCCCCCUCCAUUCCCGUCACCAUGCUGUAUGGAGCACAGUCCUGGGUGGACAGCUCAUCUGGGAACAGAGUGGCAGAGAUUCGGGGUCAGGCCAACACCAGAGUGCUGCUGAUAAAUCAAGCUUCUCACCACGUCUAUGCUGAUCAACCAGAACAAUUCAACAAAGUGGUCGAAAAUAUAUGUAAAACCGUUAACUGACCGUGUUCAGAGUCUUCAGGGGCUGAAUGUACAUAGAAGACUCAUCGUGGUGGUUUCAGCAUUUUUUGCAUGUGAAGCAUGCUGGAUGAUUUUUUUAUUUUUUUUUCCUUUGGGGCAUAUCUAGAUAUCACGAGUUUGAAUGUUAUCCCGUUCAGAAUUGUAACAAGCUACUCCUAUAAUUUCUAUGUAUUUAAUAUUACGAAUAAAUUUAUUUAUACACAUGAUUGCAUUUAUUUGACAAAUGUUCAUACAGAGCAAUAACUGAACCACUCAGUCCAGUGCUAAAGUACGUUGCAUUGUGAUAUUUUUAACCUCAAAGUGGAAUAACGACAUCUUUCUGAUUGCACUGGGUUUGUUUAUCACUGAGCACUUUAACAUGUGCCUGGCAUAUUGUUCCUUUGACGAUUUUUAUCGUCUUUUUCCCCACUGUGUCAAACGUGUCUGUAUUUUGUACCUUGAAGAUGAUUAAAAGAUAUUUGUCAAAGUA